AUGUAUGGUGAAAAUAAUUUCUAUAAAUUACAAAUUAUUUAUAACCCAAAUCUUGACCGUUACUUUAUCUUUAAUCGUUGGGGAAGAAUUGGUGAUUCUGGUCAAUAUCAAAAAACUCCAUAUUCCAAAGAAGAAGCUAUUAACGAGUUCUGCAAACUUUUCAAACAAAAAACUGGUAACAUAUUCUCUCAAGCCACAAUGACCAAUUUCCAAAGAGUCGAUGGCAAAUAUCAUUUAUUAAAUAUUGAUAGAACUGAUAGAUCAAAGAAAGAGGUUCUCCAUCCAUUUGAUCUCUCUAAAUAUCCACCUUCAAAACUUCCAAAAGAAAUCUUUGAUGUUAUGUCGCAAUUCUGUAAUGUUGAAGCAAUCUCUAAUCAAUUAAAAUCCCUUAAAAUUGAUACCGAUAUUAUGCCAUUAGGUCGUCUCUCAAAAGAUGCCAUUAAUAACGCUGUUGCUAUUUUAGGCAAGAAUGAUGAUACCCUCCCACCAAUCAACGAAGUUCUCGAAAGUCAAUUAGAAUUAAGCAACAAAUUCUUUGAAUUAAUUCCCCAUUCUGAUUUCAGAACCGAAAAAAUGCAAGUUUUAAGACAUCAACAUGAAAUCGCUACCAAAAUUAAACUUUUACAAAAUCUUGACGAAAUGGAAACUGUUAGUAAAAUUUUAAUUGCUGCCCAUCAAAAUUCUUCAAUGCACCCAUAUGAUUAUUGUUUCAAAGCUGUUAAUGUCUGCAUGGAAAAAUUAAAUGAAAAUACACCAGAAUUCGAAAUUAUUAAGAAAUAUACUUUAAAUACUGGUUGUCACCAAAAGAUUCACAAUGUCUACAAAAUCCAAAGAAAAGGAGAACCUGAAAAAUUCCAACAACAUAAAUCUCUUAAAAAUCAUUAUCUUUUAUGGCACGGUAGUUUAACAACAAAUUAUCUUUCAAUCCUUUCUCAAGGUCUAAAGAUCGCACCACCAGAAGCCCCAGCCACUGGUUAUAUGUUCGGUAAAGGUGUAUAUUUCGCUGAUAUGUUCCAAAAAUCAAUCAAUUAUUGUAAAUCAUGGCAAACACCAAACACUAGCAAUCGUAAUUUCCUCUUACUCUCAGAAGUCGCUCUUGGUACUAUGGCCGAAUUCAAGAGUGCUCAUUACAUGGAAUCUCCACAAACGGGUACAAAUAGCACAAAAGGUGUUGGAAAAAAUGGUCCAAACUUUGAUAAUAGUAUCAUUUUAAAUAAUGGUGUUUGCAUUCCACUCUCUAAACCAGAACAAGUUAAAGAUACCACAGGCUACUUUUUAGAAAUGAACGAAUACAUUGUUUACAACACAUCACAAAUCAGAAUGAGAUAUUUAGUCGAAGUUUCUCAAUAA